UUAAUGGCAUUGUUGCAUUCAAGAGGAGCAAGCUAGUGGGGCAAAAUGGUAUUUUUGAAGCAGCUGUUGCUAUUGGGAGCAAAGUUAGAGAAUUGCAAUCUGAACCUUAUAAAUGUGCUGGAACAUUUAUGUCAAUUAAGUUUUAGUAAAUGGUCGCAUCGUAUGUUGGGAAUUGCAGGUUCUCCAAAGUUGGAUGUGUACGAGACUGAUUUUGGAUGGGGAAAACCCAAAUUGAGUGAAGUAGUUCAACUAGAUCCUCAGUUGAUGUCCCUCUCUGACUGUAGGGACAAAGAAGAUGGAAUAAUUGAAGUUGGUGUAGCACUUGGGAGGACUCAAAUCCAUAAAUUCAACACCAUUUUAGAAGAGCUUCUUGCAAACAUUGCAGUUUGUGACUAAUCAAGUGGCACAAUCUUAUUAUUAUUGGUGUUUUUAAUCCCUUUUGGUGGUCAUGAUUUAUUGUUAC